AGUUACGUGAUUUAUUUGGCUAGAGCUUAGUGAGCAUACUUGACGGGAGCGGAAGCGCUCCGCAAAAUCAGUGGGCUUUCAAGCCAAUCUUGACCACAGCAAAUGUGUGUUUGCUACAUGCUAUUAUCCACUAUCUAAACACCACCAUGUUCUCCCGCAUCCUUCCUUCAUCUGCUUUUCGAACACUCGCCCGGCCAUCUUGUGUGAUUCAGUCUUGGUCGCUGGCCACUCGACUAUCCUUUCUUCCCAAUGCCCGUCUCUUAUCGUCCGAAACUCGAACAGCGAUUGAUAAAGCAGUCGCAUCCGCACCGGUUGUUCUCUUUAUGAAGGGUACUCCAGAGACUCCACAGUGCGGAUUUUCACGGGCCAGUAUACAAAUUCUGGGAUUGCAAGGCGUUGAUCCCAAGAAAUUUGUUGCCUUUAAUGUUCUGGAGGACCCAGAAUUGCGCCAGGGUAUUAAGGAGUAUUCUGAUUGGCCUACGAUUCCCCAAUUAUAUCUCGAAAAGGAGUUUAUUGGUGGCUGCGAUAUUCUGAUGUCAAUGCACCAGAACGGGGAACUUGCCAAGAUGCUUGAAGAAAAGGGAGUAUUGGUGGCAGCCGACUGAGUUCCCGC